UCUUAGAUAAAUACCUUUAGAAAAAAAUGUGUGUAAAAACAAAAUAAAAACGUGUGUUGUAGCUCAUCUUUUAACCCUUUAAAAUGAGGUGUUGCUUAUUGUCCUGUGUGAAUAACUCCACAGCACCACCAGAUAUUACUUUUUACCAAAUACCAAAAGAGUAUCAUUUGAAACAGUUAUGGGUAGAAGCUAUUGGUAUACCAGAGUGGGAGCUACGGCCCAAUAGUGCAGUAUGCUCUGCACACUUUAGAGAAUUUGAUUUGUCAAUCUCAGAAACAGGAGAGAAGUUGCUUAUAGAUGGUGCGGUACCCAGCCUGAGUCUUAACACAGUUGAAGAUCUACAGGCACAAGCUGACUUCAAAACUUGCAGAGUGUGCCUGGCCAUGGACAGGAAGAUGUUCAACAUCAGGGACCACAACCUUCAUCACCUGUACAAGAUGAUUGUCGGAGUCACGGUGGAGGCUAGAGACUAUCUGCCCCAGAUGUUGUGUUGGGAGUGCACCAGUAAACUAUUGUCGCUAAAGAAAUUCAAAGAGCAGGCACAAACAUCACAAUUACUGCUGUCAGAUAAACUAGCUGUUAAUAAUAUCCUCACUAUUGGUGAUAUAAAAUCAAUAGACCGUAUACAUAAUAAAUUAAAAUCAAACCUUACAAUCAAGCACAAUGUACCAAACGAGUUCGACUUAAAUAUAGAUGUGUUUGAUUUGACCAUGAAUCACAUGGAGAUGCUACUGGAUAUUAAACCUGAAUGUGACCAGGGACCCACUUUGGAGCUCAGUGGAAUGUCCCCCAAAAGUGAGAUCCCUAAAUGCAGCAAAGUUGAACCGGAAUCCACUAUUCUGGUUGAAAUGUUAGAUUUGAAACAGAAUAUAGAUGUGAAGGAUAUAACCGACCAUAAUAUCAGUGAUGAACACGAUAGUAAUAUGUCGCCACAUCCACAACAUAGCGAUAGCGAGAUAGAAACUAAACCAGUUAGGAAACUAGUGAAAAAAGAAGUUACAGCAGCAAAGAGAAAGAGACCCAUAAAAGAAGUAAAUGUGAAAAAAAAGAGGAAACAUUCGAAAGGUCCGAGGAUCGAGCUGCCCGGGUUCGAAGUGCGAAAGCUGACGCUGGAGGAGCAGCAGGCGGCGGUGGCGGCGCGGGCGCGCUCCGCCGCGUACCUCGACGCGCCCUACAAGUGCGAGGUCUGCUACAAGGGGUUCCUGUCUGAGAGGACCCUCGCCACGCACGCCGUGCGACACACCGAGAAGUGCGGCAAGUACAGGUGCGCGGUGUGCAAGUACCGGUACAGGCUGGAGAGGCACGUGCGCACACACGUCGUUACGCAUCACACCAACCAGUACACUUGCAAAGUCUGCGGUCUGGUCACGCAAAGCAGCUCUACAGCUAAGAAUCACCAGGAUUGGCACGAUGGCAGCACCUACCAGUGCCCGCACUGCCCCACCACACUCACCAAGUACACAUCGUACAUGUCUCACCUCCGGAUCAAGCACUCGUCGCGGUUCUCGUGCGAGCUGUGCGGCUACACCUUCGUCAGCGAGCGCGGCGUGCAGACACACAAGAACAAGAGCCACGUCCUGGACGCUCAGGAGGUGCUGGGGGGUCCGUACUGCGAGGAGUGCAAGCUGCGGUUCGCCAGCGACGAGGCCUAUCAGCGCCAUCUCACGCAGUCCUCCGUACAUAGCAGCGACGACGACCCGAAUCGUGUCCGGAAUGAAAUAUAUACAUAUAAGCUGCACCCGCGGAAGACGGUCAAGCGGCGUGCGGCCGGCAAACCGAUACCUUGCGAGGAGUGCGGCGAGCAGCAGGUCAGCUACAUGGCGUACGGGAAACACUUCCGCGCGGCGCAUCCCAGCCUCGUCCGCACCAAGUUCAGGGGCAACUGCAUGUGCGAGCAGUGCGGCAGGAGGUUUCCGUGCGCUGCGCUGCUCCGGGAGCACAUGGCGUGGCACGAGGACGUGAAGCGGCACCGGUGCGACGUUUGCGACAAGACAUUCAGCACCAAGUACCAACUGGGGAAGCACCGUCUGAAGCACGGGUCGCAGCCGCUGCCGACGUACCCCUGCCCGCACUGCGAGCGCACCUUCUCGUCCCCUGCCAGCCGCGCCGUCCACGUGAAGACGCUGCACGAGCGCUCGAUACGAUUCGAGUGUAAGAUCUGUGGCAAGGAGUUCACGACGAUGGCGAGCAUGCGCAAUCACAUCGACCACGUGCAUCACAAGAAGCCGUGGCCCAAGCGCGUGCGCGCGCCCCGCUCGCGCUCGCGUCCGUCCACGGACCGAGAGUGAUCUUUUUAACCGACUUCCAAAAAACGAGGAGGUUAUAUG